CGGCCAUUCUUAACCUUCGUUGCGAACAGCUGAUCACAAGCCACGAUUCGUCGUCGACAGCUGUCUUUCCGAGGUUUGUUUAUAUCGUUUAUAUGUGUGCGUUCGAAGCACAGCAGUGAUUGUUUAUCGUCCUCUCUUGCCGAAUGAGCUGAUAUAUCUCUCUAGUGGACCAUUUGACAGAGGUGUCAGGAAGACAGCUUAUCUGCAAAAUGUCUAUCAAUAUAGACAUAAAGUUGAAACGCGCGAGCAAAAUCUAUCACGAAGGGGAGGUAGUCGCCGGCCUGAUACUGUUGAAAACCAAUUCGGACGUGAAGCACGAUGGCAUAUUUCUCACUAUGGAGGGCUCGGUGAAUUUGCAGCUCAGCUCCAAGAACGUCGGUAUUUUCGAGGCAUUUUAUAAUUCUGUUAAACCGAUACAAUUAGUGCAAUACACGCUGGACGUCGCUCCGUCGGGAAAGAUUCCCAGCGGUAAGACGGAAAUCCCGUUUGAAUUGCCGCUAAAGCCAAGGGGAAACAAAUCCCUCUACGAAACGUACCACGGCGUUUUCGUCAACAUACAGUACCUGAUACGCUGUGAUAUGAAAAGAAGCUUCCUCGCGAAAGACGUGAGCAAGUCGCUGGAGUUCAUAGUCGAGGACAGGGCGAGCGCCAAGGUGGAGAAGGAUCACAGUAAGAUCGUGUUCUUCAAGAUAAUGCCGGAGUCUCUGCAAAAUACACGGGACCGGGCCAACGUACCGAGAUUCUGCAUCUCGGGAAGAUUAGACUCCUUGUACUGCAAACUCUCCGAGCCCCUGACAGGAGAGGUGGUGAUCGAACAGUGCGAGGCUGUUAUAAAGUCUAUAGAGUUGCAAUUGGUGAGGGUGGAGACCUGCGGAUGUGCGGAGGGAUACUCGAGAGACGCGACGGAAAUACAGAAUAUACAAAUCGGGGAGGGCAAUGCAUGCACGAAUCUCGCUAUUCCGAUCUACAUGAUAUUUCCACGAUUAUUUACGUGUCCCACUUUGAGCACAAGCAACUUCAAAGUUGAAUUUGAGGUGAACCUUAUCGUUGUGUUUGAAGACGAUUACUUGGUCACCGAGAACUUUCCUAUCAUACUCUCGCGAUACUAAAA